AUGGUAGCGAUGAUGAGUAUGCCGGAGGCCCAGCAUCGCGGACGCAUUCUGGACUCUCCUACCCUGAGCUCCACGGCCUCCUCUGCAUGGUCGGGAAGGUGGCCCAGGUUCUCUCUGGACAUAUUUACACUUUUCAUCCGGUUCUUGUCCUCUGGGGCACAUCAGCAACAUUUGAUGCUGCUGACCACAGCUGCCGCCACAGCCUGUAAUGGAUCAGAGGACUCCUUGCCUGUCUUCUGCCUGGUCAGCAUCCCCUCUCUGCCAGAGUCCCUCUUCCCCCAACCCCCGUCUUUCUUUUUAAUCUAUCUGCUUAUCCUGGUGGGUAAUGCCCUGAUUCUGGUGGUUGUGAUGGCAGAGCCCAGCCUCCACAAGCCCGUGUACUUCUUCCUGAUAAACCUCUCAGCCCUAGACAUCCUCUCCACUACAGUCACCGUCCCCAAGAUGCUGCCCCUGUUCUUGCUUGGGGACAGCUUCCUCAGCUUCCCUGCCUGCUUCCUGCAGAUGUACCUGUUCCACAGGUUCUCCUGCUCAGAAGCCUUCAUCCUGGUGGUCAUGGCCUAUGACCGCUAUGUGGCUAUCUGCCGCCCACUGCACUACCCUGUCCUCAUGACCCUUCAGACCAACCCUGUCUUGGCAACCAGUGCCUGGCUCACUGCCCUCCUCCUGCCCAUUCCAGCAGUGGUACAGACCUCCCAGAUGGCAUUUGACAGCAUUGCCCACAUCUACCACUGCUUCUGUGAUCAUCUGGCCGUGGUCCAGGCCUCCUGCUCUGACACCAACCCCCAGACCCUCAUGGGCUUCUGCAUCGCCAUGGUGGUGUCCUUCCUCCCCCUUCUCCUGGUGCUUCUCUCCUAUGCCCACAUCUUGACCUUGGUGUUUCGCAUCAACUCCCAAGAAGGACGCUCCAAAGCCUUCUCCACCUGCAGCUCCCACCUCCUGGUGGUGGGCACCUACUACUCAUCCAUUGCCAUAGCCUAUGUGGCCUACAGGGCUGACCUGCCCCUCGACUUCCACGUCAUGGGCAAUGUGGUCCUUGCCAUUCUCACACCUGUUCUCCACUCUGUCAUCUGCAUGCUGAGGAACAGGGAUGUCAAAGCAGCCAUCACCAAGAUCAUAUUAUCUAAGGAGUUUUGUCUGCGGCUCGUCCUGCUACACUGCUAA